UGUGGAACUCAGCUUACGACGAUGAUGGACAACCCAACCCCUCUCUCUUCUGACUUCAUCUUACCCCUCUAAAACCUCUCUCCCUCUCUUCUCCCAAUCUCCAUGGCCAUCUUCUCUCUCUGAUUGAUUUCUCCAAAUCCAUGCCCUUUUCCCUCACUUUUAGCCCCCUCUCCUCUCUUUCCACUUCCCCUACUUUCUCUCUUUAAAACUUCCAUGGAUACUCGCGCUGGUUUCUCAGAUUCCAACGACCUCAGUGGCGGGAACAGCAGCAGCAUAUGCUAUGUCGCCAACACCGAAUCUCUCUCUCCCGAACCCCCCUUCCCUCCCGACAUCACCGCCAUGAGACGACUCUCCGAAAACCUCGAGUCGAUCUUCGAUUCCUCGCCUCCUCCGGAGUUUGACUUCUUCGCCGACGCUAGCAUCGCAGUCGCCGGCGGCCGAGAAGUCGCCGUUCACCGGUGCAUUUUGUCGGCGAGGAGUCCGUUUCUGAAAACUGUGUUUUGCGGCAAAGAGAGAGGAGUGAAGUUGGAAUUGAAGGAGUUAGCGAAGGAUUUCGAGGUGAGUUUCGAUGCGUUGGUCGUUGUUUUGGUGUAUUUGUAUAGUGGAAAGGUGAGAUCGUUGCCGGAAGGUGUUUGUGUUUGCGUCGAUGACCAGUGUUCUCACGCCGCGUGCCGGCCGGCCGUGGAUUUCGUGGUGGAGGUGCUAUACGCUUCCUUCAUUUUCCAGAUAUCUGAAUUGGUUGCUCUGUAUCAGAGGCACCUAUUAGAUAUUCUUGAAAAGGUUGCAGCAGAUGAUGUUUUGGUGGUUUUAUCUCUUGCAAAUAUUUGUGGUAAAGCAUGUGAGAAACUGCUUACGAGGUGCAUUGAGAAUAUUAUUAGGUCCGAUGUUGACAUCAUAACUCUUGAAAAAACCUUGCCCCAACCUAUUGCCAAACAAAUUGUUGAUUCACGUAAGGAACUUGGCUUGCAUGGGCCUGAAAGUAGUGGUUUCCCUGAUAAACAUGUGAAAAGAAUACUUCGGGCUUUAGAUUCAGAUGAUGUUGAAUUGGUCAGAAUGCUUCUGAAAGAGGGUCAUACCACUCUAGAUGAUGCAUAUGCACUACAUUAUGCUGUCGCAUAUUGCGAUGCAAAGACCACAACGGAGCUUCUUGAUCUUGCGAUUGCUGAUGUUAACCACAAGAAUCCAAGGGGUUACACUGUGCUGCAUGUUGCUGCAAUGCGAAAAGAGCCUAAAAUUAUAGUAUCUCUUCUAACAAAAGGAGCCCAACCAUCUGAUCUCACAUCAGAUGGUAGAAAAGCACUUCAGAUUUCAAAGAGGCUCACCAGGGCUGCGGAUUACUAUAAGUCUACCGAGGAAGGAAAAGCCUCUCCCAAGGAUCGGCUGUGCAUAGAGAUAUUGGAGCAAGCAGAAGGAAGAGAUCCAUUACUAGGAGAAGCUUCUGUUUCACUUGCUAUGGCAGGUGAUGAUCUGCGAAUGAAGUUGUUGUACCUCGAAAAUAGAGUUGGAUUAGCAAAACUUCUUUUCCCCAUGGAAGCAAAAGUGGCAAUGGACAUUGCUCAAGUGGAUGGCACUUCUGAGUUUCCAUUGUACAGCAUCAACUCUAAGAACAUGCCUGGUGUCCAGAGGACAACUGUGGACUUGAAUGACGCACCUUUCAAGAUCAAAGACGAGCAUCUGAAUAGGCUAAAAGCACUCUCCAAAACUGUGGAACUAGGGAAACGUUUCUUCCCUCGUUGUUCGGAAGUUCUCAAUAAGAUCAUGGACGCUGAUGACUUGUCUGAGCUAGCUUACUUAGACAAUGAAACUCACGAGGAGCGACAACUGAAGAAGCAGCGGUAUAUGGAACUACAAGAAGUUCUAACUAAGGCAUUCACUGAGGAUAAACGGGAAUUUGAUAAGUCCAACAUAUCAUCAUCUUCAUCAUCGACAUCCAUGGGGGUCAGCAGGGCUAACGGUAAACUCACUUUCAAGAAAUAAAUUACACAUGAUUAAGAUGCAAAAAAAUCAUCUUCUUGUUGUGCAAUGAUUUUGAUGGUUAUUAAGGAUUUGGUGUAUUUUUGUCUAUUUGGCUAAUGUUUUGACAGAAAAUUAUAGGACAAAAGUCAGUUCAACAGUUGAUAUUUGUACAUAUUCCCAGAUUCUAAUCAUUGAAUUUCUGUUGGUUGUGUU